GUAGAAUUCCUCUCUUACUGUACAGGGAACAUCCAGGUUUUUCCGUUUUGUUUGUUUUUUUACUCUACGGCCUACUGAUGUAAGUUGAGCUGUUUGUGCUGAUGUGAUAAAGUAAGAUUAAGAUGGCGACAGUAGCUACAGCUCUGGACUCUGCUGCUGGCCCCUCCUCUAGUACAGCUGAUUCCACUUUCAGGAUCUUGAUGUUGGGGAGAUCUAAAUCUGGAAAAAGCUCAUCAGGAAACACAAUACUGGGAUCAAAGUUGUUCAGCAGUCCAAAAGUUUCCAAAGAGCAAGUUACGAAAACUUGUGUUUUAGGAACCUGUCUUGUUGCAGAAAGGAAAGUGUGUGUGAUUGACACCCCAGACCUGCUCAAUCCAGAUCUCAUAUCAGAUGAGCUCCACCGAGAGAAAGAUAAACUGGUGUCUCUUUGUCAGUCUGGACUUCAUGCUGUUCUGCUUGUGGUUCCUAUCGGAGAAGAGUUGCAGAAUGAGGAGGAGAUGCUGGAGUUCAUUAAACAAUUGCUAGGACCAAACAUUCAGAAAUUUAUCAUAGUGCUCUUCACGAGAGGAGACGACCUAGAGGAGGACGAGACGAUCGAGCAGCAUAUUCAAAAUAAGGAAGACGUGAAACAGCUGAUAGAGAGGUGCUGUGGACAUUUUCAUGUUUUUAACAACAGACAAUCAGUUAAACAUCAGGUUACAGAACUACUGGACAAGAUCAAUAAAUUAGUGAAGAAUAAUGGAGGAAGUUUCGUACUGGGUCAGAAUAGGAGGAAAAGCAUGGAACAGCCCAUAGGUUUGUCAGAGGACACAAGCAUUGUGCCACAGCAGCAUCCUGAGAGAAAAGAGCAGCGAAGGCUGGUACUUUUGGGCAAAACUGGAGCAGGAAAGAGUGCUACAGGAAACACAAUUGUGGGUAGAAAUGUGUUUGCAUCUGAUGUAAGUUCAUCUUCUCAAACACGAGAGUGCAGCUCUGAAAAAAUAGAGAGGGACAAUAAACAGAUAAUCGUCAUCGACACACCUGGACUGUUUGACACCAAACUCACCCAUGAAGAGACCAUUAAAGAUAUUGUAAAAUGCAUGACUUAUUCAUCUCCAGGUCCUCAUGCCAUCCUCAUAGUGAUCAGAAUUGGACGGUUUACACCAGAGGAGAAGGAGACAGUGAAGCAGAUCAAAGAGCUUUUUGGUGCUAAUGUAGAAAGAUUCACAAUGAUCCUCUUCACCUGCAAGGAUGAGUUAGAAAAUAAAAAACCAAGAAAAACCAUUCAACAGUACUUGGAUGAAGGUGACCCGGAGCUGAAAGCUCUUGUGGAGAGCUGUGGAAACCGAUUCUACUGCGUGAACAACAAUGCAUCCAGCUAUCCACAGGUUAGAGAUUUAAUGGGUAAAAUAGAAUUGAUGGUGGCUGAAAAUGAAGGAAACCAUUUCACUGAGGAAUCAUUUCAAGAUAUCGAACAAACACUUGUGGAAAUUCAGAAUGAGAAGCUGCAGGAGAAACUGAAGUUGUACAAUCAGGAAGGAAAGAAUCAGUCUGAGUGGCAGAAAAUUUACUGGAGUCUACUGGAAGAGUCACGAUCUGAAGCUCAAGUGAUCCUAAUUUCUGAUAUGUAUAUUGGUGCACUUGCGAAAUUGUUUAGAAAGAUACAUGUGACAUCAGAGGAGAGAGAGAGCGCAAUUAAGGCAGCAGAGAGCAAAGGGAUAAACAGGAGAAAGGCAGCGAGAGCGGCCAUUAAAGCCACAAGUAAACUAGCCAGACAGAAGAUGUGUGCCCAUCAGUAAAAUGAUACAUGGACAGAACUUCAUUUAUUUAACAUCACAUUUCAGAUCAGUUUAGUUUUGGAGGAGUGUCUCCUUCCUUGUCAAGGAGCCUUUCAGGUUAUGUCAAUAUCAGUCUUGUUCUACUGUAGAUAUGGAUACUUUUUAACUGUUUCCUAGAGUGUCCUCACAAGCCCCUUUCCUGCUGUUCUAGAAUUUAUUUGCAUGUUUUGUAAUGAGCAGUAUGAUGGCUGUUUGAUUCCAUGGUGUAUACUUGCAUAGUAUUCUUUGUACAGAUGAAUGUGGGACCUUCAGGCAUUUAUAAAUUGAACCCAGACUUGAGGAGGUCCACAUUAUGUUUUCUUAAGCUACCUUGGCUGGGAUCAUCAUUCACGGGCUUACAGCCUGCUCUAAAACUUUUGCACAAUUCUAAUAUUUUACUGCGGCUAAGAUUCUGUACUGUGUAAGAUACGGUUUACUGUGCUUAAAGUCUUUUGUAAAUCUCA